GCGCCGCGUCACGGUGUGUGCUCCCCAAAGCCGGACGGCGAGGCCUCUGCCCCCCUCAUUUCUACCCUCAAUUUUGGCGUGGACCCCAGUCGAGUGCGAGUCCAGUCCAUCGACAUUAGUCUGCCCUCAGCAUCCUCAUUCUCAGCGCCUGUCAACGCGGACGGUCGAUCCGUGCCACCUUCGG